AUGCAGUCGACAAAAUUCCUCCUCCUCGCCAUCCUCCUCCUCACCGGCAUCGCACUGAUCGACCAGGUCGACGCCCAGUACUACAGCAGCUACUAUUACCCAUACUACAGCAGCGGCUACAACUACGGGUCGUACUACCCCUACUACUACAAUUCGUACUACUACCCCUACACCUAUGGAUACUACGGAUAUGGCAAACGCGAGGUGAACUGGAACGACGCUCCGCAGCAGCAACAACAGCAGCAGAUGCCACAAGUCCAAGGAGGUCAGGGCCAGCAU